AUGGCGCAAUUUGAUUACAUCGGGCCAAUAUUGGCCGACUUGAGACGGACAAUCAUUCCACACAACGUAUCUUUACUUCUCGUCACUGGUUUUAUUGUCAGCUGCAUUUCCUAUUUCUGUAUCAGACUGGCCUCAAAUGCGUCGGCUGUAAAAUCGGACUCUAAGCUUUGUGCGCCUCUACAGCUUCCAUAUGCGCUGCCCUAUAUCGGCCACGCAUCUUGGUUUGUCAACAAGACACCGGGUCUCAUGUGGAGGAGGUUGAUCCGCUAUAACUCUCGUACUGAAGUAUUUACUCUGGUUGUGUUUGGGUACCGCAUUCAUGUUUUCCGUGUCGUCCCGGCGAUGAACAAAUUGCUCAAGCUAAGCAAAUGUAAUCACGCCAAACUCCUGGCACGGGCUGGUAAAAACAUAUUCGGCCUUGAUUCUAGAGAGUCCGGGAAGCUAAACGCUCACUAUGGAGAACUCAAACGAAUUUACCAGAGCUAUCUCCUCAAGCAAGAGCGUGCGAGCGAGCUGGCCAGACAAUUUUGGACUUGCAUGCAGAAUGAGUUGGUCGAGCAACGAACUAGCGCCGGGCAGGUUUGCUUGGGCGCGUGGGCGUACGAUCGCGUCUUCCACGCAUCUACAACCGCUAUUUUUGGAAUGUCCCUCCUAGAGACAUAUCCUAGACUCGGGAACGACUUGUCCAUUGUGGAAAAGAACUUUACCCCUUUAUUUGCCGGGUUGCCCCGUUUUAUGAUCCCCGAGGCCUAUCGAGCUCGGGAAAACAUACUAGAGGGACUAGUUCGCUGGAACUCUCAGAUAUGUUCUCUUUACGACGGAGAGCCAUUAGACCCCGAAGCAGUAUGCUGGGAUCCAAGAUUGGGCAGUAGGGUCCUGCAAGCACAACGCGUCUGGUGCCAUAAAUAUGGCUUUUCGCCUCGCGGAGUGGCGGCUAUGGACUGUGGUUUCCUUUUUGCGCUUAGCACGAACGCAAUACCAGCGACCAUCUGGAUGUUGAUGCACAUCCUGGCUCCUCGAGGCGACGAGACUCUCCUGCCCGCGGUUAUGGAAGAGCUCGCCUCGGCGCAAUCUAACGACGGGGGAGUUGAUAUCCCAAGAUUGAUGUCUUUGCCUCUCCUGCAAAGCAUCUAUCUGGAGGUACUACGCCUUUAUACCGACUUGGUUCUUCUAAGGCAGAUAGACCGCCAGGUCAGAGUUCCAGUUGACGACGAGAGGCAGGUUGUUCUGGACAAGGGAUUCGUCUUCUGCCCUGUGUGGUUCUAUCACCGUGACAGCGAAAAGUAUGGCCACCCGCCUGCGGACGAAUUCUACCCUGCAAGAUUUCUGCGCGAGGAUCCAAUAUCAGGAGAACGCGUUUUCACCACACCUACGGCAGGCCAACUGUUUGCCUAUGGGUAUGGCGAAGCGUCGUGCCCGGGGAGAGACUUUGCCAAACAGGAAAUCCUCGGUGCAGUGGCCUCGAUAUUGCUGGCGUUUGAGAUCGACUUUGUCGAAUAUCUUGACGAUAAGGGGAACCCUUCAUCAGCGUUUCCCGGCCCCGCAGCGAUGAGUAAUGUUAGCAGCGGGGUCUUAUCAGUAGGUGGAGAUAUGAAAGUAAAUCUACGACCUCGGAUAUAUAAGCCGGGUCAACCUUAA